UCUCUCUGUCAGUGUGUGUGUGUCGGUCGGUCUGUUCUCCGGUGUGUAUGUGAGCUCAGGGUUCGCUCAUCAUGUCCUCCGCGGGUGCUGCUUGCGGACCGGCACCGGGACCGAAUCACAGCGGCUCUGUUCCCGCGCCCGGCGCCUCCAACCUGCGGAAGUUCAGCGAGAAGAUCGCGCUGCACACACAGAGACAGGCGGAGGAGACGGCGGCGUUCCAGGAGGUCAUGAUGGACCUCAGCUCCACCCGGAUUCAGGCGCAGAAGGUCCGGUUGGCCAGAACUCAGGGCCCGUAUUACGGCGGAUCUCUGCCCAACGUCAACCAGAUCAGCAGGAGCGCCUCAGAGCUGCAGGCCUCGUUUCACUCUCCGCUGGACUCCAGUCGCUCCACGAGGCAUCAUGGUCUGGUGGAGCGGGUUCACAGAGACCGGCGCUUCAUCUCUCCCAGCAGACCCUACAGGAAACAAAUGGACAGCUCUCACAGCAGCUCUGUGUAUCUGUCUCCGCCCUCUGACCCCAGCUGGAGAAGGAACUGGAACAGUAACUUUGAGACGGACAAGAGCCAGAUAUUCCAGCAGCUGCCGACCACAGCGCUCAGCAGAUGUCUUGAGUUUUGUUUUCAGCUUCAGUAUCUCCUCCUCACUGCUGUGUUUGUGUUCAGUGUGUUUGCGUCUCCGGACCAGCAGGGCGGCGCUCCUCACGGCCCGACAGUGCUGAAUACAGGCGGCUCUCUGCCGGAUCUGUCCAGUCUGCACUUCCCGUCCCCGCUGCCGACCCCGCUGGACCCGGACGAGCCGGGAUACCUGUCUCUGAGCGCCGGAGGCAGCACGGGGAACCUGACCUGUACCCUCACGCAGCUCGGCAUCCACAGCCCCAGCGCCUUCCACUCCCCAGGUCUGCUGCCGUCUCUGCAGGGCACGUCCAGUAACCCCUCCCUCCAGUCGUCGCUUAGCAACCCCAACAUCCAAUCAUCUCUCAGCAGCCACUCGUUCCCCAACUCGCUGAGCUCCGCCUCCCUGCACUCGUCCCUGAGCAAUCCCUCCCUCCAGUCUUUGUUAAGCUCCUCCCCCUCGCUGAGGUCAUCGUUCAGCAGCCAGUCGCUGCAGUCGUCUCUCAGUAACUCCUCCCUCAGCAGUCAUUCGCUGCAGUCGGCUGUCAGUAACACCAGUUACAGCGCUUCGGGCUCCUUCCCUCCGCAGAUGAGCACGUCCCCACGCAGACUAGUGCAGCUGACCCCGGUGACCCUGCCUCCAGACACUCGCAGACAUCACCCCAAACAGUUCUCACCCACCUCCUCCACCCUCAGCUCCAUCACACAGGGUGUGGCUCUGGACACCAGUCGGCUGCAGGUGGAUCAGAGGUUUUCUCCGUAUUCCUUCGGGCAGCAGCCGCUUCAGAAGGGUCUGGUUCCUGCGCAGACGCAUGCGCUCCGCCCGUCGUCGCAGACGGUGCAGCUUCACCUACACAACAUGCAGAAUCUGCACAAGACGCAGAACUUCCACAUGCAGCCGCUGAAGUGGCCGAGCCCCGGUCAGAACCAGAACCCCGUGAGCUGCGGGCCUGCAGACGCGUCACAGCCGGAUGCGCAGACGGGACAGACCCGGUCCGACCAGCAGAACCAGCCUUCCCUACGGCAGAUCAGACCGGCUCUCAGCAGAGAUCUGGACCUGUACAGCGACACGAUGUUCCUGAACUCUCUGCUGGACGACCCAUACCUGGACCUGCAGUUAACCAGCCACCAGAACCAGAACCUGAGCCAGCAGUUCAGUCUGGACUCUCAGCUGGAGGCUCUGAAUCAUGACGGUGGCUCUUCUGCGGUUCUGAAGGCUCAGAGUCAGCCGAUGGAGAUGCUGGACUCCUCAGAACAACAGACGAGCAAUCAGAACCAGAGUCAGAGCUACACAGACGGGCGGCACGCCGUACCCAACAUCAUCCUGACCGGAGAUUCUCCAUCAGGACUGUCGAAGGAGAUCGCAAGCGCACUGUCGGCCGUCCCGGGCUUUGAGAUGGACCCGUUCUCCACAGACGACCCGCUGGCGCUGGAGGCUCUGGGCAUGCUUUCAGACGGGAACCUGAUGCUGGCCGACCCCGCCGUCGAGGACUCCUUCCGCUCCGACCAGCUCAAGUGACUCGCAGAGAGUCAGCGAGCGUUCGAACACGGACGGAGAUGUGCAUGUGGCACUUUGGGUCGAGCGCCGGCAGGUCAUGUGACUUGGGUCUUAGCCGCAUGCUGACGAAUGCACUUAUGCACAUGCGCUUGAACUGUGAGCUUCUGCCCUUUAACUCUGCGCUUCUCAGACGGUCAAAGCCGCACGAUCCACUUCCUGAUACAGACCAAUCGCAGCCAUGUGCCUCCACCGAACGCUGCUCAGGUGCUUCAGUCCCAGCAUGCACUGCACCGCACCAGGUUAAUGCAGAACCCACACAGGCGUGAGGGUGUGUCCCAGACAUGUCUCGGCCAAUCAUGUGAGUCUGGGGCGGGGCUAUCAGGCUGACUGACCAAUGACAGGCAGGGAAAUACUCAGGUGACCUGUUUGAAAUCAUCAUGUUUCACCCUGAUUUAAUGUGGCUGUGUUCAGAAUAGCAUACUAUCAUGCUGCAGUAUACAGCACGCACACUGUACUCAGUACGGGAAACUCUACAGUGCACAGAGAAUGUCCCAAAAUGCAGUUGUGCUCAACAAUUUAAAAUAAAUGCAUAUUUUUAUUUCAGAUAAACUCUGCAACUGAUGCAAAAAUGCUUAUUGUGGAAUAAUGCCUUACUGUUUAUGAACUAAUGUUAUAUAUAUAUAUAU